CAAGUAGAAGAGAAACGAAAAAAUUUUCACCAACUAGGACUUCAUCAGAUUAGCACAAAAAAAGUGUUAAAAUUGUUUAGAAAAUUAUAUAAAACUGUGAAAAGUCAAUAAGUAAACGUGCAAUAAUGAAUAUAUCAUAAAAAAAUAAAGAAUUUACGACGCCAGUGAAGGUAGUAAAAAAUUUGCAAAACCUGGUAGUGGGCAGAGUGCAAUAAGAAGAUAGUAAAGAGAAGGCAAAGAGCAAUCAGUAGUGCAGCGCCGAGCAAUAGUCAAAAAGGCAAUACGGUACAAGGCGAGCAAGUGAAAAAACGGAGGCAGUGCACGAAAGUGGUUAAAAAGAAAUCUGAAGAAGGAGUAUACGGAUAGCAAAGAAACGGAACUAAAAAUAGUGUGGACAUAAACGAAACAUUAUUAAAAAUACAAUAAAACCCAAAUUACGCAGGCACAGUGAAUUUUAUAUACCAGAAAAAUAAAUUCACCCGUCAAAAUAAACCAUACAGAUAGAGAUAUAGCCUUUAUUUGGUAGUCUAGUGGCAAAUAUAUCUGCUCAAAUCUUGAGCAUUAAUAUCUUAAGAAGCAUAAGUGAAAGCAGUUUAAAAUAAAAAUAUGUCUUCGAAUAAUCAAUCAACCGUCAGUCAAGGUGUGAACCCGAAUCCAAAUUCCACGACGGCUUCUGCAAGUGGGGCAACAAGUGCCGUUUCGGAUCAACGCAAUGCUCCAACAGACACCCAGACUUCUGGAGGCAGCAGCAGUGGUACAACGGCUGCCGGUGGGCAAGCAGAUAGUCCAACACGCGUUGCGAAAACACCUGCUGUCAAUACAAAGGAACGUGUUAUUGACAAUGUUCCAUUUCCACCCAGCCACAAGUUAACUAUGGCAGAGGUGUUUGAUCUGCGAACUGGUAAACCAAACCAUGACAUACUAAAACAGCACUUCAUUCUUGAAGGUCGCAUAGAGGAGGCACCUGCAUUACGAAUAAUUCAAGAAGGCGCUGCAUUACUGCGCCAAGAGAAAACUAUGAUAGACAUUGAGGCGCCUGUGACUGUAUGCGGCGAUAUACACGGACAGUUUUAUGACCUCAUGAAAUUAUUUGAAGUGGGGGGGUCGCCUGCCUCCACCAAAUACCUCUUCCUUGGCGACUAUGUGGAUCGAGGCUACUUUAGUAUUGAGUGUGUUUUGUACUUGUGGUCACUGAAAAUAACCUACCCGAAUACAUUAUUUUUGCUACGUGGCAAUCACGAAUGCCGUCACUUAACAGAGUAUUUCACCUUCAAGCAAGAAUGCAAGAUCAAGUACUCGGAACGUGUGUAUGAUGCAUGCAUGGAGGCUUUCGAUUGCUUACCGCUAGCAGCACUAAUGAACCAACAAUUUCUGUGUGUCCACGGUGGCUUGUCCCCGGAAAUUCACGAGCUAGAAGAUAUACGCCGUUUGGAUAGAUUUAAAGAGCCACCAGCAUUCGGUCCAAUGUGCGAUCUUUUGUGGUCAGAUCCCUUAGAAGAUUUCGGCAAUGAGAAAAAUUCUGACUUCUAUUCGCACAACUCAGUGCGUGGCUGCUCAUAUUUCUACAGCUAUGCAGCCUGCUGUGACUUCUUGCAAAAUAACAAUCUAUUAUCGAUUAUACGUGCACACGAGGCGCAGGACGCCGGCUAUCGUAUGUAUCGCAAAAGUCAAACCACUGGGUUCCCCUCAUUAAUUACCAUCUUCUCGGCACCGAAUUACUUGGAUGUGUACAACAACAAAGCGGCAGUACUGAAAUAUGAAAACAAUGUGAUGAAUAUAAGGCAGUUCAACUGCUCACCGCAUCCCUACUGGCUUCCGAAUUUCAUGGACGUAUUCACUUGGUCUUUGCCCUUCGUGGGCGAAAAAGUGACCGAGAUGUUGGUGAAUGUGUUGAAUAUUUGCUCGGACGAUGAACUUAUGACCGAAGAGAGUGAAGAGCCAUUAUCCGAUGAUGAGGCGGCGUUACGCAAAGAAGUCAUUCGAAAUAAAAUUCGUGCGAUUGGAAAAAUGGCGCGCGUCUUCUCAGUGCUACGUGAAGAGUCUGAGUCGGUAUUGCAGUUGAAGGGAUUAACACCAACCGGUGCACUGCCACUGGGUGCACUCUCUGGUGGCAAACAGUCAUUGAAGAAUGCGAUGCAAGGCUUUUCGCCCAAUCACAAGAUCACUUCAUUCGCCGAAGCCAAAGGUCUGGACGCGGUGAACGAGCGUAUGCCGCCGCGACGUGACUCGACGCCAUCGCCAGCCGAGGAGGGACAAAAAUCAUUGUCAGCAGCCGCUGCUGCAGCGGCGAAUGCCAAUGCCAACGCCAAUGCGAAUUCAAUCAAUGGAUAAUUCUAAGUCCACAGAGUUUUAGUAGAUAUGUAGGCCAAGUGCCGGCACUCAACGUUACGUUUCAUAACAACAUUGUAUUUGUACUACGGGUAAUAAAGGAAGAAAGCGUAUUAAGCCAGCUAGAAAAAAAAAUUAAACAAUACAAAUAGGAAAAAAGAAACAAACGAAGAAAAGGCAGAGUAGGAAAAGGAACGUAACUUUUAGGUUUAGGAAAAGCAAGCAAAAGUUAAGCAAAGAAAUAUCAAAAUGCAAGUUGAAUGAAUCGUGGAGUUGUGUCAAAAGUAUAACAGAAACAUAUAGAAAAAAAAAUGAAAAUAAAAAAACAACAACAACCCGAAAAGAAUAAAAAAAGCAAAGCAUAGAAAAUUAAAUUACAAAUAUAUCUCGUCGUUGUUAUUUCAUCUCGUCCCACUUUCGAUGCACGGUUGUACGCGAAUUAAAUUACUGUGAUUGUAACGGUAAUGCAUGCAUUUUUUAAAUUGCGGCAUGUGCGAAGCUCUAUUGGCGAUCAAUACAAGUAUGGGACAGUAAGGAGAUUCGUGUUUGAUAUACGAGAAUACGAGUAUGUAUGUUUGUCAUCACACGUAGAAACAUAAGUAUGUACGCAUACUGUAAAUGCAACUGGUGCAUGAUCGUUAGGGUGCCUCACCAAAAAAAGUUGCGGAAUUAUAAAAUUUAUUAAAUAUAUUUUAAAACUUCUGCCACCGAUUUUAA